AAGAGCUUACAGGAAAGCAACGUACACUUUGUGCUUGUCCAGACAAAUUACAGCAAAGAGGUGCAAACAUUCACCCAAAAUAUAUCUGCUAAAAAGGUCUUUGAUCUUCAUAAGGAGGCUUGGAACAGAUUCAACUAAGGAGAAAGGUAGAGCCUUGGUUUAUUGACUUCGACCUUGGUAUAUAUCAAUCAUAUGAUUUUCUUAAAAAAAGGAAAAGUCUUUUUACAAAAAAAGGAAAAGUCGCGCUAGUUAAAUUGUCAAGUUCUAUAAAGAUGUUAUCUAGAACCAUUAGACGAUUUCUUGAAAAAAAGUAAUUCAUUUAUUUGAAUAAUGUUUGAACAACAAAAUCGUGUUAUUUUCAGAUGCUAAUUCUAUUAAUGUAAUAUAAACCGAGUCUCGUGGAAGUUCAUUGAUGAUGAUCAGGUCAAGGAUUGCGUUAGGAUAGAUUUGAAAAGUCAAAGAACCUCAAGGAGUCCAUCCCUCUUAUCAUUUAAUUUCUAUUAACUAAAACAUAAAAAUAAUAUUUAAACUUUUCUAACUGGCAGCCAAACUCUGACCAUUUCUACGUUCAAAUUAAAUAAGAAACAACCAUAAAAACUCAUCAUAUCUCCAUAUAUAACAACACAGAUGAACCUUUUGCUCAUUACAAGUUCACAACAACAACGAAAAAGCAACUACUAAACCUUCUCUUCACUUCCUCUCUUUACAUCAUCUUAUAGACUUUUCUACAUUUCACAGUUAAUUAAGACAAUCAAGAGAUGCAAAUGCUAAGAAGCUUUAGCACUAGGACAAGAAGCCGUCGUGGAGGCUACCAGCGAGUAAGUGAUGAUUCAACUUUCAGCUUACUCGGAGCCAAGCUAAGAAGAUCGACGAGUGUUCCUUACUACGCUCCAUCUAUAAAGCUUGGUGCUGGUGGUGCUCCGACCAUCCUCGAGGAAAUUCCUCGUCAAAAAUCCAAGAAAGUCAAACCAACAAGCAAAUUUAGCCACCCUAUCUUUAGCUUUUUAUACGGAAAGAAGAAGAAGUCAACGACUAGGAAGCCUGAGUUUUCUAGGUAUCUUGAGUAUUUGAAAGAAGGUGGCAUGUGGGAUGCUAGAUCUAAUGCUCCUGUUAUUUAUUACAAGUAGAUAAUGAAUAUAUAGAAAUGAAAAUUCAAGAAAAUUUUAAGUCUUCGUUUAGUUCAAAUGAGUUUAUAUCUUUAAAUUUGUGAUGAUAUUUGUAUAUUAUAAUUAUCGAUUCA